AUGUCCUCCUCAUCCAUCGACCUUGGCAAGACGAUCCUCGCGAAGCUUGAGCAACUAUCGGCGAAAAAGCCAAACGCAGCUAAUCGUGCCCGCUCUGGCUCCAAAGCUGACCCAAAAAAGGAAUCGACUGGAUCAAAUGCUGCGCAGAAGCCGACACCUUCAUCCUCUGACAAACCACCAAAAAAAGACCGACGAAAGGAUAGGAAAGCGAAGCAGCUGGCAGCCGGAUCCUCAUCAGCCGUCCGACACGAGAAAUCGCCUGUUAAAUCAGCCAACCCUUGUCCAGACAUUCCCGCGCCGGAUCCGGGCACCACAUCAAAGCAAGAAGCGUCAGACGAAGCAUCCUCUGACAAACCACCCAAAAAAGACCGACGAAAGGAUAGGAAAGCGAAGCAGCUGGCAGCCUCAUCAGCCGUCCGCCAAGAGAAACCGCCUGUAAAAUCAGCCAACGCGUGUCCAGACAUUCCCGCGCCGGAUCCGGGCACCACAUCGAAGCAAGAAGCAUCAGACGAAGCGUUCUCUGACAAACCACCAAAGAAAGAUCGACGAAAGGAUAGGAAAGCGAAGCAGCUGGCAGCCGGAUCCUCAUCAGCCGUCCGCCAAGAGAAACUGCCUGUGAAAGAAGCCCACGCGUGUCCAGACAUUCCCGCGCCGGAUCCGGAAACCACAUCGAAGCAAGAAGCAUCAGACGAAGCAUCCUCUGACAAGCCACCAAAAAAAGACCGACGAAGGGAUAGGAAAGCGAAGCAGCUGGCAGCCGGAUCCUCAUCAGCCGUCCGCCAAGAGAAACCGCCUGUAAAAUCAGCCAACGCCGAUAUCGACGAUGAAGUCUUACUCGCUGAGAUCAAGAACUUGGGCGGAACGGCGGAGGACCUGGAUUUGUUGGAAGGCUCGCCGUGGAAACAAGCCGUGAUAGCAGAAGAGCACGUCGCCGAUGACGCACUGGUCGACGAUGUCAAGAGUUUCAUGCAAGGCUUGGAUUUCGAGGCAGCACUGAAAAGCAUGAACAGUGUCGCCAAAGAAAGCUCGCCCCGGCCUGCAAACUCAGAAGGCUCAACACACCACGAACAGGAUCCACCGUCACCCGCCCGCCAUCCAAAACGCAAAGCUACAUCAACUGAUUUAUCUUCAGAUCAUACCUCCAAUCAACCCAAAAAGAAAAAGAAAAACAGGAAGAGUCAGAAGUGA